AAGGAGUCGUUCCGCUGUCCUAACUACUAAUGAGCUCUCUCUCUCUCUAUUCCACUCAGUGCAAGCUGCUACUUUCUCUUCAUUCUCCGAGCCUCUGCAAUGGCAACUGAAAUGUUUAGUAAGCAGAAAACCAUCGAUCUGAGAAAGCAACACAUUGGUCCAUCCUGCAAGGUUUUCUUCAGCCAUGACCCCAUCAAGAUUGUACGAGCCAGGGGUCAGUACAUGUACAACGAAAAAGGCGAGCAGUACCUAGAUUGCAUCAACAACGUCGCCCACGUGGGUCACAGUCACCCAGAAGUCGUCCAAGCUGGAGCAAAGCAGAUGGAGCUCUUGAACACUAACUCACGUUUCCUCCAUGAUAAUCUUGUCCAAUACGCACAACGCCUCCAAGCCACACUGCCAGAGCAGCUCUCAGUCUGCUACUUUACCAAUUCAGGCUCUGAGGCCAAUGACCUGGCCUUAAGAUUGGCUUGGCAGUACACCGGCCACAAAGACAUCAUCACGCUGGACAAUGCCUAUCAUGGUCAUGUGUCAUCACUUAUUGAUAUCAGUCCAUACAAGUUUCACCAGCUGGGAGAGUGUGAGCAAAACCAAUAUGUACAUGUGGCUCCUAGUCCAGACAUCUACAGAGGGAAAUACAGGGAAGAUCACAUAGACCCUGCUACUGCUUAUUCAGAUGAUGUUAAAGACAUCAUAGAAAAAGUUCAUGCAAAAGGACAUAAGAUUGCUGCUUUCAUUGCUGAGUCACUGCAGAGUUGUGGAGGGCAGGUCAUUCCUCCAGUGGGCUACUUCCAGAAAGUGGCACAACACGUGAGAAAGGCUGGGGGCGUCUUCAUUGCCGAUGAGGUCCAGGUCGGCUUUGGAAGGGUAGGCACCCGUUUUUGGGCUUUCCAGCUGCAAGGGGAGGACUUUAUACCUGACAUUGUCACUAUGGGCAAACCGAUUGGGAAUGGACACCCAAUGUCCUGUGUGGUGACCACCAGAGCGGUGGCUGAAGCCUUCAUGUCAUCUGGAAUGGAGUACUUUAACACAUUUGCUGGCAAUCCUGUAUCCUGUGCUAUUGGGCUAGCUGUAUUAGAUGUGAUUGAGAAGGAGGAUCUCCAAGGCAAUGCCCUGCGAGUAGGGAGAUACCUGAUGAACAUACUUGAGACACUGAAAGAGAGACAUCUCUUAGUAGGAGACAUCAGAGGUUGUGGCCUUUUUGUUGGGGUGGAGUUGGUGAAAGAUCGACUUAAAAGAACUCCUGCAACAGCUGAAGCUCAGGAUGUCAUAUAUAGACUGAAGGAUCAGCGGGUUUUACUAAGUGCUGAUGGACCACACCGAAAUGUCUUGAAGUUUAAACCACCUCUGUGCUUCUCCAGAGAGGAUGCUGACUUAGCAGUUGAAAAAAUCGACCAGAUUCUGACAGACCUUGAGAAUGCUUUGGGCCUCCGUAUGUCAGACACUACAGACCAUCUAAAUGCACAAAACAAGCGCAAGGAUUCAGUUGAGGGAAAUGGCCAUGGAGUUCCUUCUGGUGUUAACUGUCACAUAACUAAAACUAACAAACGACGAAGAACAUAAAAAAUGUUUUCCUUUCACCUCACACUGAGAACAGAACACAGUUAGCUUACAAGCCUUUAUUUCUGACUACACCUGCAAAUGAAUUACUGAAUGAUAUUUAGUCACUACAGACCAAGGGCUGGAAAGAAGAAUCAUUUUUCACAGAAAGCAAUAGCAAAUGUGUGAGCCUUGUUAAGAGACUUGGCAGUAAUUAAGGUAUUUAAUAUAAUGAGAUAUGAUGGAAUAAAUCAUGACGGUUGAGAGGAUGAGAGAGCAGAGAAACACAGAACAGGGCACAAAACAUUACUGGAGCUAAUAAGUAGCUAUGCCGGAAAACCUUUACCGAAUUCUUGAAAGAGUCUUUAAGCGUUCAUUUAUGAAUAACAUCUUGCAUGUCACAGCUACAGCAGUAACGUUAUACAAUGCUGCAGUAAUUCCAUAAAAAUGUUAUUCACUGUGAGUGCAUCUCCAUCUGCUCAAUAGCUACCUAGAUCCAUAUGUCAUGCACAUGAGUUUGAGCACUGAUGAAACCCUGAGUUCAGUACACAUUGGGACAUUGAUGACUUGAUUUCUGGAGAAAUGACUGCAAAAUCAUGUUGUGAAAUGUCACCACUGACAUUUAUAAACAACAGGCAGAACAGAUAUCUAAGAAAUAUUUUUUUUUAUGUUGUUUAAAAUUUGUUAUGUAUAAUCAUAAUCCUUCAAGCAGGAUCAAAAGUGGAUUUCUUAUUAUCAUUAAACACUCGUUAGACUUAAACAAACCGUAUGCAGGACACCAACUGAAGAUAAAAAUCACUAAUGUAAUAAUAAUUUAAGAGCUACAACACCAAUAACAAGCUACUUAGAUUUUUUUUUUAAGUUGGCUGAUGACAUCAUUUCUGCUAAGGGAACAAAUUGAGCAUCAAUACUCCCUGUUUUUUUUUUUUUUUUUUUUGUGGUGCAUUAUGGGAUUUUUUAGGGAGUGAACAUUAAAGUGCACUGGAAGGAUUUUGCAAUUGAGACUUCCCUUAAAUUGGCCAAUGAUCGCCCUGAUCAGAGCCCUGACCUUCUGAACUAAGAAGCGGAUUGAGACACACUUGAUAUUUUGAGUUUUUACAGCUCUCUUUUUUAUAUAUUAAUUAUGAGUUAAUACAACAUAGGACACGUCAGGCUCAAGCUUAUUCUUUUGACAUUAAUUUCCAUGUUUUAAUGGAUAUAUAAUCUGCCUCAUGAUCUAAAAGUGACGGUAGCAUUAUAUAUAAUUGCUCACAAUUUCUCUUUGUUGUCAAUGAAUAAACAUAGUGCUAAAUAUUUCUAAUAUUGAAUGAUGCAAAAUUCUAAAGCAGGUUGAAUUUAGAGGGUUUUCAAUCAUGUACAGUAUCCCAAGUGCAAGAAUCAUUUUAACCACAUUUUAAAUAAAAUAAUGUGUGAUGUAAAGACUGAAUCAGAUGCUCAUGUCAGCCUUAGGCAGUUAUGAAGGACUUGUACAUUUCUAUAAAAAAAUGUUUGGGAAAAUUGUAGGAAAAAAAUGUGACCUAGGUGAAUAUGCAAAGUUCACGUUGUUCUUUUACAUGCAAACAUUAUCCUGAUGUAUUAGGCAAGCGUGUGCUCCUCCACAUGCACUUGCUGAACGAGGCCGCUGGUGCGUAAGCUGUUGGCAUGAACACACACUGAAGGGAGUGCACUCAGCCACUUUCAGCAUGACCUCAUAUGAUCAGAACAGCUUGUGAAACACUGGCCUGUCCAGCUGUAAUGGAGUAGAACAGACCUUAAAAUGUCACGCAUGAAGGCCAAUCACAGAAAAACAAGUUGUCUUUACCUCAGCACUUCAUUAGCACUUGAAAAUAUAACUCGAAAAUAUUUCCUUUGUUUUUUGGAUUCUUAUUCUAAUUUUGGGCAAGAUAAUGAUGUAUGACCAGUGUUAUGUACUAUGUGUGUUAUUUUGUAAUGUGAUUAAGAACAAAAUCUUCGAUAAAGGCAAAUGUGUUGAA